GCAACAGCAAGAUCAAUCCUACGAGAUUUUUCAUUCAAACAUCCCAUAAAUACUAUUUGCGUGCCGUAAACAAUGUGAAAACAUUCAACAAACGUCCAAAAAUUGAAAUCACACGAGAAGACGAGCGAAAUCUGUCAACAAGUAUUUGUGGCAGCAUUGAUGAAUACCAUACAAAAUUAAAAAGCCGGGAUAAAUUGGAGGAAAAAGGUCGGGACAUCAUGUGUAGUGUAUGUGUGAUUGCACGAUCAAACAUAUUGUGGUUGAAGAACUUUGUUGAAAAGAUAAAAAACGGAGAACCUUUCAAUAGAAGCGAGAAUGUUAUAAAACGUCUGAAAAUGGAAGCCGAAUUGAUAUUUCUACUAUUUCCGGCUGGAUAUUUACAAAUGGGCAAAUGGCUUUGGAGUUAUUUUUUGAAAAUCAUUGCCAUCAGACAGUACGAUGACAAUAAACUCUAUAUCCACGAAAACCCUUUCGAAGACGACCAACUGCAAACCGGUUUCUCAGAUUUCAUUGGAAAUUGUAUAGCUAAAAAAUACCUACCUCCGACUGUAAUGGAACCUGAUUUUGUAAGGAAAAACCAGAGUAAAUACGAUAAGAUGUUUACCGAUCUAAGUAGUUCCAGAUGGUUUAAAAACUUGAUUGCUUCGCAUCCACUCGACCGUAAUUAUAAUGGACUAAUAGACAUUUUAUACCUGAAACCGUUUUGGGAAGACGGAAGACAAUUGUUGUUCAGAGGAGGGACCAUCACCCAGGGGUUCAAUGUCGAUUGGAGUAGGGUGAGACAACGACAUCGGGUCGAGGUGGUUAUUACCAGAGAAUUCGUGGAAAAUCGCACUUGGAUUUCCAAUCCGUACGGUCGGCUCGAUCACCAACACUUGUUGGUCAAAAUUAUCGACGCUACGUUUUAUUGCUACAUUUCGGUUAUACUAUAUGUAUAUGAAAAACAAUUACCUAUACUCAACGAACCGACGCUAGAAGAAAUCAUAGAACUGAUUUUCGACGUUUUCAAUGAAGCAUUCAAUGUAUCGAUCAAAGAAGAAUUUCUAGUGGUAAUUUCAUCAGAACUCGACUUUUCGCAAAUGAGGGAUACCGACGUCAUAAAAGGCAUAUUAGCAAGUGUUAGGGCAAAGGCCAAUGGGAUCUUAAACGAUUUAAACAGUACAAACACAAACGAAAUCGAUUGGCUCAGUUUCAACGUUAACGAAGGUCAACUUUCUAACGACAGCAUGAUAAAGACAAUCAUUUCAGAUUUCAAAUUCUAUUUAAACGAAUUAAAAAGCUACUGUUUCCCGUUCAAAUAUGAAACGCUUUUGCAUUUUAUGGAUAUGGUUAAAAUGUCGGCUGCUCAAUAUAUUUAAAUUUUAAAUCAAUAACAUAAUGUUUAUUAAUUAAGUUAUGUAUAAUAAAAGUGAGUAAAAAAAAAAAUGAAUUUUUCAAUAUUCAAACUAUCUAAACACUAGUAAGGGCAAAACUAAUAUUUCAUUAAUUCUUUUUAGUUAAGAAAAAUAUUAUUUGUUUACAGACACAAAAA